UCGCAACGCCCCAGCCCGGCCUCGCCAGUCAGACGGUCCAUACACAAAGACAAGGUAGUAGCUCGUACCCACCUAUAUACGAUACCACUUAGACGCCUCCCAACCCACUCCCCUCGCCGCAUCGCUUUCCUGGGCUUCCCCACAACAACCGCCCACCGCACCCGCAAUGGAAGACUACGGCAGCGUCGUCGACGUUCCUUCUCCCUCCAACUCGCUCUAUUAUGUCUACGGAGAAUCAGAGCAAUAUCUUGACUCCAACACGUCCGAGUCGCACAGCCCAAGCAGCUCAGCAUACGAUAUGACAUACGCAGCGGAGCUCAGCAAUACGUCUAGCGUCUACCCGAGUCCCGAGCGGGACGAUGAGGACUCGUCUCAACCUAGUUCUCAGCAAAAGCCAGCCGUCAAGAGGAAACGGGAGAACCGGUACAAGAACGCCCCUCCCUCCGUUCUGUCGAGGCGGCGAGCGCAAAACCGCGCAUCACAGAGGGCAUACCGCGAGCGCAAGGACCAGAGGAUCAAGGACCUCGAGCAGAUGCUCAACGAAGCCAAGCAGCGCAACGACGUGCUCGGCAACGCCUACGCGACACUGCAUGCCGAGUACAUGUCGCUCAAGGCGGCGCAGAUCAAGGACCAGAGCUACCAGGCCGCCGAGAUGGGCUACCGGCACCCCGCAAUGGGCGGCCUGCCCGACGGCAGCGAGGGGCUCGACCUCGAUCUCUACGUCUACUCGGACAUGAACGCCGCCUACACGCUAUGAGGGGAACAGCAAAGCAAGCAACGAAACCGCAACACACAAAAAAUACCACCUUCCCCUGCUAAUUCCUCUGUCCUUUUUUUAUUUUAUUUUUUGUAGAAAGAACAAAGAAAAAAAGAGCAUUGGAACUUUGGUU